AUUGUUUUCGUUUGUUGAAAUCUCGACAUCUAAAACAACAAAUUAUUUUUUUCAAUUUAUGAACCCCUAUGAGUGCGGGUUCAAAUCAUUUGGGGCAAGGGUAAGAAACUUUAGUUUGAGAUGUCGAGAUAGUACUAUUAUUAAAAAUGGGUUUUUCGGAGAUUUCGUGGAGUUCAUAAAGUAUGGUUUUGUAAAGUUUGUUAGAUAG